AUGCGUCCAAAUCUCUUGUGGGUCGAUAAAAUAGUCGAUGAGUCGAACGAAGCUGGAGUGUGUGUAUAUGACUUGGCAUUCAAACCAGAUGGAUCCGAGUUGUUGUUGGCGGCGGAUAACAAAUUGUUUCUGUUUGAUGUGGCGGAAGGUGGACAGAUGCAAAUUUUGAAAGGCCACAAAGACCUUGUCUACACAGUUGCCUGGUCUCAUGAUGGAGAGAUGUUCGCUUCUGGAGGAGCCGAUAAACUGGUGAUUCUAUGGAAUGAGAAGCAUGAGGGAUAUCUGAGAUACAGUCACACCGACGUAAUCCAAUCUAUGGUGUUCAAUCCAGUCAAUCUAAUCCUUCUAACUUGUGCUUUGAAUGAGUUCGGCCUGUGGUCAACAACGAACAAGAAUGUGGUGAAGCAGAGGAGUAAUACGAGAUGUUGUAGUUGUGCGUGGAAUACGGAUGGAACUGUUUAUGCAAUUGGACAUGGAGAUGGAACUGUUGCGUUGAGGAAGGGAACCAUUGUGACCGAAGAAGCGUCAAUGAUCAUCCAACGUGAUAGUACUGAACCAGUCUGGGGUAUCGCAUUCUCCUCAAACAAACUAUUUGCUCCGAAAGAUUCUCAAGGAAAUCCGACGAAUAUUGAUGAGAUAAUGGCUGUGAUUGACUGGAGCAAGACUCUUUCUUUCUAUACAAUGGAGGGAGAAUUGAAGGAAUCGAGACAGUUGGACUUCGAACCACACUGUAUUAAGUACUGUAUUCAGGGAGAAUAUUUGUUGAUUGGAGGGUCGGAUAGGAAAUUGAAGAUUUAUACGAGGACAGGCGUCCUGCUCUCCACUGUUGCUCAAAUGGAUCAUUGGAUUUGGUCUGUGGCAGUUCGUCCGAACACUAACACGAUUGCAAUGGGAUGUGUAGAUGGAACUAUUGCAUGCUACAAUUUGAUCUUUUCAACAGUUCAUUGUGUUGAUCAUGCGAGAUAUGCUGUGAGAAAAUCCAUGACCGACGUCUACGUACAAAAUCUUGAGUACCGUACCAGCAGCAACAUUCGUUGUCAAGAUCUCGUUAAGAAAAUGUCAUUGUACGACACAAAACUCGCCAUUCAACUAUCCGAUAAAAUUCAAAUCUACAAGCAAUCAUCUGGAUUGAAUAAACAGGAACGGAGGAAAUAUCUGAAGUAUACACUGCAAGACACGAUUCGAAAAGAUUUGGAGUUCUCGUUGAUGGUUGUAACGCAUGGGCAUCUGGUUGUUUGCAAUGAGGAUAAACUGGAGUGUUAUGACUUCAAGGGAAUCAAGAAAAGGUCAUGGAAUAUGAAGUCAGUAGUCAGGUAUUUGAGGGUACUCGGCGGUCCCCCUCACCGUGAAACUCUUGUCCUUGGAACCGUUGAUGGAUGUGUCUACAAAGUGUUGAUUGACAAUGAUUACCCGAUUCUUUUGGAUACCCGAAAAACACCAAUCAAGUGUGUAGACAUCAACGCGAAUCGAACAAUUCUUGCCUCGAUUGAGGACACUUUAGUCUGCAAAUGGUCGGAUAUUGCUACUGGAGAGACACUUCUUCAAGAACCCGGAUGUUAUAGUGUUGUAUUCAAUACAGUUAAUGAGAAUCUAUUCGCUUACACUACCAAUAUGAUGUUACACGUGAGAACUCUAAUGGCACCUGGACACACUUCCCGAGGAGUUGGUUAUGUGCUGGGAUUUGUGAAGAAUAGGACAUUCUGUCUGGUACAGUAUAGCCUGAUUCCGUUGGAAGUGGCAUAUACAGUGAUUUUGUAUCAAUAUAUUGAUAGGAAUGAUUUCAAAGAAGCUUUCCGAAUCGCUUGUCUUGGAGUUGUGAAGAACGAUUGGAUAUAUCUGGCUGAAAAAGCAUUGAAUGCGUUGGAACUUGACGUCGCUAUGAAGGCUUAUAAAAGAGUUAAAGAUCGAGCAAUGUUGAGAAUGAUUUUUGAGUUAAAGAAACUAAAGGAAAAUGGUGAAACAGAAGCCAUCAUUCGUGCCACCAUCUGCGCAUACAUGAAGAAAUUCCGUGAGGCGUCGAAGAUUUAUAAGGAGAAUGGAUUUGAGAAUAAGGCGAUGGAGUUGUUCACGGAUAUGAGAAUGUUCGAGGAUGUUCAGGAAGUAAUGACGACUGCAUCUGGAGAAACCAAGAAAAUGUUAAUGAGGAAGAGAGCAAGUUGGGCAAGAGAUGCGAAUCAACCGAAAAUUGCAGCCGAGAUGCUCAUCUCAUCUGGAGAUUUGGACAAGGCGACAGUCUUGAUUAUAGAGAAUGAUUGGUUGGAAUUAGCCAUCGAAAUCUCUCAUAAAAUCGACAAGGGAGAUUUGGAAACUAUGAAGAAGCUCUCAUCGUACUUCAUCAGAAAACACGAAUUUGGACUCGCUUCGAGAAUAUUCCAGAGUAUAAAUGAUAUGAAGUCUAUAGUGGAUAUGCAUGUAAAUGCAGGUCAUUGGACUGAUGCCUUCGCAAUAGCUGAUCGCCAUCCGAAAUAUGUGGAAGACGUGUACCUACCGUAUGCCAGGUUCCUUGCUGAAAGAGAUAGAUUCGAAGAAGCACAGAAAGCAUUCCAUCGAGCUGGAAAAGAGCAAGAAGCUAUGAAUGUUUUGGAGCAACUCACCUCGAAUGCAGUAGAUGAGAACCGAUUUGCGGAUGCGGGCUUCUACUAUUGGCUUCUGAGUCAACAAUAUUUGGAUCGAAGUCAAUCGGAAGAGAAUUUGACACUGCUGAGCAAAGCGAGAGAGGCAGCACAAUUCGCGGAUGCAUACUAUGCAUAUUACCCAGUUUUCAUAUUUUGUAGUCAACCAUUCUCAUUUGAAAGGAAUGAAAACAUCCUCAAUAUGGCAAGAUAUCUGACCUUCACUCCUUACAUCAAUAACAUUUCCAAAGUUUUUGUCUAUUUCACAAUUGCAAAACUUGCUGGCGAGAUGGGUGCCUACAAAUCGGCGAGAACUGCAUUGGAUCAGCUGACUCGGUUGAGAGUUAGACCUCAUUUCGAAUUGGAUGGACAAAUCGAUACGAUGACGUUGAAUAUUCGAGCGAAACCGUUCACAGAUGUGGACAGUAUGCAGCCGAUGUGUUAUAGAUGUGGCCUGAACAACCCAUUCCUCGGCGGAACUUCCUGUAUUCAUUGUGAAACUCCAUUCAUCAUCUCCUUCGUUUCAUUCGACGUCCUCCCAUUAAUUGAAUUCAAAAUCGAACAAGACAUCACUUUUGACGAAGCGAAAGAACUGAUUGAGAGUGAACCACCGCUUGCAGAUGAUGAUUAUAACCCAUUGAGAUCUAUCAAGAAAGGAGUUAAAGAGAUUAUAUUGAAUCGAGACUCUCUGUCGAGACUCGAAAGAGGACAUGUUAUUGUUCAAACCUUCCAGCCUCCAUUGGCUCCGAAAUUCUUGUUCAAUGUCAUGCCAAGUAUCACUAUUGCUCAGUGUAAAGGGUGUAAUAAGGUGUUCGACCUGGAUGACUUUGAAAUGGCUUGUCUCCGCAAAGGACAUUGUCCGUUCUGCAGAACUUCUUACGAUCGAAACGAAGCAUUUUUCGUCGAGGAAGAGGAAGAAGAAGAGAGUUCGAAUGUGCCAAGCUUCGGGCAGUUUUCAAGAUUUUCGUGA